AUGCCCGUUCCUCAGCACGUCUUGAAUUGGCUCUACAGCGUUCUUACUAGCGAAUACCACGAUGUGAAUCGCACCUACAACGAUGUCGCACAGGCUCUCUCCCAUUACCCCUCUCUAUCGCCGCGUACCGAUGUCCACAAACCACUGCUGAUACUGUACUUAGCCUUCGAUAAUGGCGCCUCUGCUCUCCUCGUCCACCUCUCCGGCACUAUACCCGUCAUCUUCAGAGGCACAACCUACCGCUUCCCCAUCUCAAUAUGGGUUCCCCAUGCCUACCCUCGAGAUGCUCCGCUAGUCUACGUGACCCCCACCGAGACCAUGAUGGUGCGACCCGGUCAGCAUGUAGAUCCCCAAGGGCAGGUCUACCAUCCAUAUCUUGUAGGCUGGGCCGCCUUCUGGGAUAAAUCCACUAUCUUGGACUUCCUCGCCAUAUUGAGGGACAUUUUCGCCAAGGAGCCACCCGUCAUCGCCCGACAGCCAGGUCAACAGCAGCCUCCCCCCCCUACUCCUCCUCCAGGAUUACAACCACACGGCCAAAUGCCUCCCCCUGUCCCGCCUCUGCCCCCGAUCUGGCCCCUCGUCCAGCCAGCCAUCCGCCGACCCAAACGGGUUCUCCACGGCCUCCGCCUCCGCCGCCAAAAGAAUAUGGCGCUGAGCCUCCAUACCGAAGCCCACCACCCCCGAUCGAUGCGAGACAUGGCCCCCCUCUACCACCUUUACCCCCAGGUGCCGAACGUGCAAGUAUUCACGGAAGUUACAACGCCCAUCAUCCACCUCGGCCUCAGAGCCAGAGCUACUCCCGAUAUGACUCGGCACCACCUCUACCUCCAACCCCUGCCUCGCAUCCUCCACCGCCACCAUCGGCCUUGUCUCCGCGCUCUAUGGGGGAUCUUCAGCAGCAACAGCAGCAACUUCGCCAUGACGCUGCUUCUCAGCCACCGAUCCCUUCGACAGAUCCUCGCCGCUCUGUCGCUUUCCCACCUCAUCAGCAAAGCGCUUCUCAGCAUGCAACGAGAACAGCAACUGCAGCACCAGCAGCCACCGCAACCACAAUUGGCAAAGCCAGCACCACCUCCAGAUUUACUCGACGAGCCGCUCACCUUGAGCAUCCCUUCACCAUCCUCCAUCCCCGCCCCGCCAAUACCUCCGAACCCCGAGAAAGAUGCCCUGCUGCACCAAGUUGCGCAAAUGCUCCACUCCCUGCGUCAACGUAGCCGACAGCAGAAUGAAUCCAGCAUGGCAGGCUUACAGGCGCAGCGUACGGCAAUGAUAUCCGCCUUCUCCACAUUGCAGUCUGAGAUGGGUACCCUUGGUCAAACGUCGGCCUUGCUUCAGUCCAACGCCAAUAUCCUUGUGGAAGCGCUGCGAAAGGCCGAUUCUGUCAUCGAGGGGUCGUCACGUCAGACUGCCCCUGAUAUCGAUGAGCUACUAGUGGCGCCUACGGUUGUCGCUAACCAGCUCUACGUGCUGGUAGCCGAGGAAAAGGCAAUGGGUGACACGAUUUUCGUGCUGGGUCGAGCUGUGGAACGAGGCAGAAUCUCACCUGCCGUCUUUGCCAAGACGACACGUUCCCUUGCUCGUGAAUGGUACUUGAAGAAGGCAUUGGUUCGCAAAAUUGGGAAAGGGAUGGGACUGACAGCAUAG